AUGACAUCGUCUGAUUCAACCAACCAGGAGGAAACUCCGCAACCAGAGAAACAUUCAAAGCAAAUUACUAACGAUGAUCUCUACCGAAGGUCGACCCAGUUCAGAUUUUGGUCAUUUACCGAGCAACGAUUGAAGGAUUUGAAGCGGUCAACUAAUGAAAAGGGAGCUGCCAACUUGAAAGAAAGAAUAUCACAAUUGGAUCCUUCUAUACCAGAAGUCUCUGAGAUUUGGGAAAAGGACCUCGUGAAACCGCUCACUGUGGAAGAGGAGGUUAAAAUUGUCGAAUAUUAUGCGAGGAAAGCCCAAGGCCUUGCCAAUUAUUUCAAAUUACCAACACAAUCAAGGGCUACUGCCAUAUCAUUUUUUAGAAAGUUCUUUCUGGUCAACAGCUGUAUACAAUUUCACCCACAAUAUAUCAUGUACACAUGCCUGUUUCUAGCAGCUAAAUCAGACAACCACUUUAUUGGAAUAAAGGAAUUUAGCAAGGCCAUUCCAAAAACAACCCCAGAGUCAAUUUUACAGUACGAAUUUCAGAUACUGCAAAGCUUGAAGUUUGCUCUUUUAUGCCAUCACCCUUACAAACCAUUGUAUGGAUUCUUUUUGGAUUUUCAAGUGGAAAUGAAGAAUAAUAUCCAGUCAGAUAAACUCGCUGAGUUGUAUGACCACGCAAGAGAUAAGGUAUCUGAAGCAUUAUUUUCUGAUGUUUCAUUUUUGUUUACUCCUUCACAAAUAGCGUUGGCUGCCUAUUAUGAGCUGAAUCCUGAACUUGUUACGAGUUACCUUUCCAAAAAGUUUUCCCAAUUAAGCACCAUCAACGAAGAUGAGCAGUUGAAGCCUUCUCCCAACAUCCAAACCAAACUUGUAGAUAACCUGAAACAUUGCAUAGAACUAUCUCACGCAUCUUUCGAUCCAGAAAUAGAAGAAGUUACCCAGAUUUCAAGAAAAGUUCACUAUUGCAUAGAUCCUAUGAAGCUGGUCAAGAAGAUGCAGAAGCAGAAAGCGGUGUCAUAG